AAAAGGGCACCGGUUCAUUAUCCGAAGCGCGUUGGAUUUCAAAUUCUUAGACAAGCAAUUCAGAAUUGAAAGAGCUGUUUGUUAAAAACCCUAAUUCUUGCUGAGCAAUUCAACCCGGAAAAUACACAGCUGUUAAUUGAUAUUUAUACUCGUUCUAUCUCCAUUCUGGAACUUUGAUUGGUCAUGCAUUCGAGUUUUAGUUUCUUUGUGUUCGUUCAAUUAGGGUUUACGCAUUCAGAUCAUCUGUGUUUGUUUUUUGGGUGUUUUUGUGUUUUCAACGUUAAAGCAAAUGAUUUUUAACUAUUUUACCAUUUCGGUACUUUAAUUGCUGUACUUAUAGGUUCCCUUGUAAUCUGAUAUUUAGUGGUCACAGGUUUCUGAAGCUUUGCUUUUUUACUUUUAAAAUGGCCGAUUCAGGCGAAGCUCAACCGUCCGAACAAGUUUGCAAUUUCUUUAGAAAGCCAUCAAAGAAUAAGAACAUUAGAAAAAGAACUAUAGAUGAAGAGGAAGAGGAAGAUUCUAAGACGGAGAGUUCAGUGUUACAGAACCUCAAAAAGGCGCCCAAGUCUGAUGGAAAGCUAUAUUUUUCAACUGGGUCCUCCAAGAGCGUUAGGUCCACCGAAUCAAAUGUUGCAGAAACUGAUAAGGCAAUUUUUCAGUAUGAUUCUUCAAAGGAAAUUCAAGUACAUCACGACAGCAAAGCAACAGCAACUCUUGAAACUGAGACUGAGUUCUCAAGAGACGCACGCGCUCUUCGUGAGAAAGUCCUUAAGCGAUCAGAAGAGGCUUUGAAGGGAAAAGUUUCAGGUGAUGAGAAAUUGUAUAAAGGGAUUCAAGGAUAUGUUGACCAUAAGGCUGGGUUCCGAAGAGAGCAUACUAUUUCAAGUGAGAAAGCUGGGGGUUCACAUGGGCCUCUUAGAGCUUCUGCUCAUAUAAGGGUAUCUGCAAGGUUUGAUUAUCAGCCAGACAUAUGCAAAGAUUACAAAGAGACUGGUUACUGUGGGUAUGGUGAUUCAUGUAAGUUUAUGCAUGAUCGAGGGGAUUACAAGUCUGGGUGGCAGAUGGAAAAGGAGUGGGAGGAAGCAGAGAAGGCAAGGAAGAGAAAUUUGGCUAUGGGAGGGAAUGAUGUGGACGAAGGUGAUGACGUUCCAAGUGAAGAAGAUGAUGAUGACACAUUGCCCUUUGCUUGUUUCAUUUGUAGACAGCCUUUUGUGGAUCCUGUUAUGACUAAAUGCAAGCACUACUUCUGUGAGCAUUGUGCCUUAAAGCAUCACGCAAAGAACAAGAAGUGCUUUGUAUGCAACCAACCUACACUUGGCCUUUUCAACACAGCUCAUGAGAUACGCAAAAAGAUUGCUGAAGAGGGUAGAAAAUAAGCUCAUAAACUUCUUUGCCUUCUGGUCCUGUGGAUUGCAAUUUCAAGGUCAAUGAUUGUAACUACCUUUGGGCAGAUGUGGAAUUACUGGGUUGGGCAGAUGUGCAAUCCCUUUUCUCGUUUUCUUGCCCAUGCUUGAUACUUUCUUCUCCCUCUUGGUGGAUGAAUAAUAGUGGUUGACGACGGUCCUAUAUUGUCUACAUUGGGUAUUGUCAUUUUGUAGUAUUUUGCCCAAGGUUUUAACAUGAUUUGAACUUCAGAUUCGGAGUAAUAUGCCUAUCCUCUGAAGUCUACUGUACUUUAGCAAUUUUCUUUGUAAUUUCUUGCUUAAUUGAUCUGAUAUUGAAUGGUUCUUAUCACCAUUAUAUUACAUACAUGUAUUAUUUGAGAGUAACAUAUUUUUCUGCCCUUAA